AUGGCCGACGCAAGCAAUCACCGCCACGAAGCCCGACAGUCACGGAGAAACCCCAGGUUGAGGCUGGCCUGUUCCCGGUGCCAGCGGAGGAAGAUCCGUUGCGAUGGACAACUCCCGGCCUGCAACAAUUGCAAGAAAGCCGGAGUGGCCUGUACCGACGGCGAGAGUGUCCGUCUCCGAGACCUGCCAAGAGCCGGACCCAGUCAGAUCGCAAACCUCAAGGAACGUAUCAGAUGGCUUGAAGGCAUCGUCCGUGAAAGGUGCCCCGAUGUGGACCUCGGCCAGGGCCCGGCCGGGGACCUCUGCAUGGAUGUCGACGGUGACGAGCCCUUCGUAUCAGACUCGAUGAUCGAAGCCAGCAGUGAACAGCCCGACGACACCUUGACAGUUGCAGAACGGAACGCUCAAAGUACCAGGGGGCGAUCACUGACGUCCCCGGACGGACAACAAGUCCCACAACCCAUCAUCCGCUCGGACCCCCGACUGACCGAUCCCGCCGCCAGCAGCACUCUCUCCCACGAGAUCGGGCUCGUCUCACUCGGCAGCAGCCAGGACCCCAAGUACAUCGGCCCGUCGAGCGGCUACUUCCUGGCCCGGAUCAUGUUGACUUCGAGUCGACAAGACGACCAGACGGCUUGGUCGAGCAGGCCUCCGGAACCCGUCUUCUCGAUACCCGCGGCCCUGGUCGAGGCGAUGCAUGGCCCGAUGCCGUUGCCGACGAAGGAGCAGGCGAAACUGCUGGCAGAGAACUACUUCGACGUCAUCAACUGCCAGUUCCCCAUCCUGCACCAGCCAACGUUUAUGGCCCUGCUACAACAGGUCUACGACAGCGGCGUGGACGCGGACCGUGGGCCCACGGGUGCUUUCCAGGUCUUCAUGGUCCUCGCCCUCGGGUCGACCGUCCUGUCUCGCAGGACGAGGGUGCGUCUCCCGGCGGAAUCGUACUGCCUGUCGGCGAUGCAGUACUUGGACCGGGUCAGCGUCGACAGCUCGAUCCCGGGCCUGCAGUGCCUCCUCCUGCUGACCAUCUUCACCAUGCACAGCCCCAACAUGCGGCUCAACGUGUGGUACCUCAACUACCAGUGCAUCGCCGCUGUCCUGGACCUGGGCCUGCAGCGCGACAUCAACACAAACUCCGGGAUCUCUCUUCUCGAGCAGGAGAUGAGGACCAGGAUAUUCUGGGUCGUGUUUUCACUCGACAGGAUGAUCGCGACCAUGAUGGGGCGUCCGAUUGGGCUGCGAGAUGAAGCGUGCGACCUUCGACUGCCGCAAAACAUCGAUGAUGUCUCUCUCCAGAGCUUCAGCCAGCAGCCGUCGGAUACUGCAAGCCCCGGCCGCAUGGCCUUCUCGAUCCACCUGUUCCGGCUGGCGAAGCUCAACUCGGAGUUCAAGUACGUCGCCAACAGCAUCGUCCGCGACACCCCCAGAUACGCCUAUCCCGCGGUGAUCGACAUCAACGAGUGGCAACAAGGGAUGCUCCAGCAGCUGGACGAGUGGCAGAGCGGCAUCCCCGAGGCGCCGCCCGACUCCGACUACAUUCGCACCGUCUGCCGGAUCCGAUGCCACAGCCUCCGCAUGCUCGUGCUGCGGCCCAGCCCGGCGAUCCCGAACCCGUCCCCCGGGGCGCUGCGGAAGUGCUACGCCGCGGCCCGCGAGGUCCUGUCCCUUUUCGACCAGCUGUACAAGCAGAACCUGCUCAUCCACACCUGGAACACGUGCCACUCCGCCGUGCUGGGCCUCAUCACCAUGCUGUACUGCAUCAAGAUGGUCCCCGACAUCGCCAAGCAGACCUCCCUGGACGUCCUGCUGUCCGACUUCAGCGCCGGCCUCGGGGUUCUGGCCGCCACGGGGGAGCACUGGUCCGGGGCGAAGCGGUGCAGGGACAUCCUCGACGACAUGAUGCGGGCGACCGUCCGGUGGAUCAGGGAUCUCGCGAACCAGCCGUCCGGCGCCGAGGCCCCGGGCCAACGUCGGUCGUCGAGGCUCGAGUCGGCGGGUGUGCGAAUGAUGAGCCCUUACGACGACACCGCCGGCCUGAACGGCGCGUCCGAGGCCCGACUCGGUUUCUCUGAAGGGAUGUCUCACCCGGUAGUCAUGGCAUCCGUGGCGGCGGGAGGCUCCUCUAGUUAUCUGCCGCAGGAUCCCUUCGAGGCGUUCCUUGCCAGCACUUCGUUUGGGGAACAGUUGCCGGUGGGAGACGCGGCGAACCUGGACGGCAUCAUGCGCGGCCUGUUUGACGAUUUCAUACCGACAUACCCCAACUUUAGUUGA